UGGAAAGGGACAACCCCGGGCUGGAACAUUGCUUUUCAUUGUGAGUCGUAUGACUGAGUGAGGGGAAUAGGAGCAGUAGGCUGAGCUGUGCAGCAUCCCAGUGGCACGGGAGUCCCAAGGCACAGCAGAUAUUCCCCUUCCAGGAACUGAGUGACUGGCUCGUUGUGCGCGCCGCCUGUCUGGAUGUGGCCGGUACCUGCUGCUGCUGUACCAGAGCGUGUGUGAGUCCCUUCAUGCAGAGCCCGGCUGGAUACAAACUACUGCUAGAAACUUUCUACCCCUCUGAGUGAACCCCUGGCCAACCGUGCACAAUGGGCAGCAAAGGACAUUACAGAUACCACUGGCAAAGCCACAAUGUCAAGCACAGCGGAGUGGAUGAUAUGGUUCUUCUCUCCAAAAUCACAGAAGAUUCUAUAGUAGACAAUCUAAAGAAACGUUAUAUGGAUGACUUCAUUUUUACAUACAUCGGGCCAGUGCUCAUCUCAGUGAAUCCCUUUAAACAGAUGCCUUACUUUGGAGACAAGGAAAUAGAAAUGUACCAAGGAGCUGCUCAGUAUGAAAAUCCACCACAUAUCUAUGCGCUGGCUGACAAUAUGUACAGAAACAUGAUCAUAGACCGGGAAAACCAAUGUGUUAUUAUAAGUGGUGAAAGUGGUGCAGGAAAAACAGUGGCUGCAAAAUACAUCAUGAGCUACAUCUCAAAGAUUUCUGGAGGUGGUUCUAAAGUUCAGCAUGUUAAGGAUAUCAUUCUACAAUCAAAUCCCUUGCUUGAAGCCUUUGGAAAUGCUAAGACAGUACGGAAUAACAAUUCAAGUAGAUUUGGAAAAUACUUUGAAAUACAGUUUAGCCCAGGGGGAGAACCAGAUGGCGGAAAGAUCUCAAAUUUUUUGCUGGAAAAAUCUCGUGUGGUAAUGAGAAAUCCAGGAGAAAGAAGCUUUCACAUUUUUUACCAGUUGAUUGAAGGUGCAUCAAAAGACCAAAAAGAGAGUCUGGGAAUCACAAGCUUAGACUACUAUAACUACCUUAACCAGUCCGGGUCCUACAAAGUAGAUGAUAUUAAUGAUAAGAGAGACUUUCAGGAAACCAUGCAUGCAAUGAAUGUCAUUGGAAUCUCUGCUGAAGGACAAGCCAUGGUUAUGCAGAUAGUAGCGGGAGUCCUUCACUUGGGAAAUAUAAGUUUCAAAGAGAAAGGCAACUAUGCAGCUGUAGAAAAUGAAGAAUUUCUAGCCUUUCCUGCCUUUUUAUUGGGGAUAGACCAAAACCGCCUGAAGGACAAGUUAACCAGCAGACAGAUGGACAGCAAAUGGGGAGGGAAAUCAGAAUCUAUUAAUGUGACACUAAAUGUGGAGCAAGCCUGUUACACCAGAGAUGCCCUUUCCAAGGCACUUCAUGCUCGUGUGUUUGAUUACCUGGUUGAUUCUAUUAAUAAAGCUAUAAAGAAAGAUCAUGAAGAUUAUAAUAUUGGAGUCCUGGAUAUCUAUGGUUUUGAAAUAUUUCAGAAAAAUGGUUUCGAACAAUUCUGCAUCAAUUUUGUGAAUGAGAAACUGCAGCAGAUUUUUAUAGAACUGACUCUCAAGGCCGAACAGGAAGAGUAUGUUCAAGAAGGAAUCCGAUGGACCCCAAUAGAAUAUUUCAAUAAUAAAAUUGUAUGUGAUCUCAUUGAGAACAAAGUGAAUCCUCCUGGUGUGAUGAGUAUUUUGGACGAUGUCUGUGCCACGAUGCAUGCAGUGGGUGAAGGGGCAGAUCAGACACUUCUUCAGAAACUACAGAUGGCCGUUGGGACUCACGAACAUUUUAAUAGCUGGAACCAGGGCUUUAUCAUACACCAUUAUGCUGGGAAGGUGUCCUAUGAUGUCGGCGGAUUCUGUGAGAGAAAUCGGGAUGUUCUAUUUAUGGAUCUCAUUGAACUAAUGCAGAGUAGCCAGCAGUAUUUCAUGCAGGCUCUAUUUCCUGAAAAUCUUCAAGCAGAAAAGAAAGGGCGUCCUACAACUGCAGGCAGUAAGAUCAAGAAACAAGCUAAUGAUCUAGUCAACACUCUGAUGAAAUGCACUCCACACUACAUUCGCUGCAUCAAACCCAAUGAAACAAAGAAACCCAGAGACUGGGAGGAGAGCAGGGUCAAACAUCAGGUUGAAUAUCUUGGAUUGAAGGAAAACAUACGUGUGCGCCGUGCUGGAUAUGCAUACAGAAGGGUAUUCAAGAAAUUCUUGCAAAGAUAUGCAAUCCUUACCAAAGAGACCUGGCCAUCAUGGAGGGGAGAUGAGAAGAAAGGAGUUCUCCACCUACUGCAUUCUGUCAACAUGGACUCUGAUCAGUUUCAGCUUGGGAAAACCAAGAUCUUUAUUAAAGCCCCAGAGUCUCUCUUUCUGCUGGAGGAGAUGCGUGAGAGGAAAUACGAUGGCUAUGCUCGCUCAAUUCAGAAAGCCUGGAGGAAGUAUGUUGCACGGAAGAAAUAUGUGCAGAUGAGAGAACAAGCAUCUGACCUGUUCCUUAACAAAAAGGAAAGAAGACGGAAUAGCAUUAACAGAAAUUUCAUUGGUGACUACAUUGGUAUGGAUGAACACCCAGAGCUUCGCCAGUUUGUUGGGAAAAGAGAAAAAAUUGAUUUUGCAGACACCGUUACUAAAUAUGACAGAAGGUCUAAGGGUGUGAAACGGGAUCUUAUUUUAACCCCAAAAUCAAUCUACCUAAUUGGGCGGGAAAAGAUGAAACAAGGUCCAGAGAAGGGGUUGGUGAAAGAGGUUUUGAAAAAAAAGAUUGAUGUAGAACGGAUUCUUUCAGUCUCUUUAAGCACUAUGCAAGAUGAUUUCUUUAUACUCCAUGAACAAGAAUAUGACAGCCUUCUGGAAUCACUAUUCAAGACAGAAUUUGUAAGUCUUUUAUCAAAGCACUAUGAGGAAAAGACUCAAAGAAAACUACCUCUAAAAUUUAACAAUAUUCUUGAUAUGAAGUUAAAGAAGGAAAACUGGGGCCCGUGGAGCGGAGGGGCUGGCUCCCGCCAAGUGCAAUUUCUUCAAGCACAGGGAGAUUUAGCAGCAAUGAAACACAGUAGCAAGGUGCUCCAGGUCAGCAUUGGACCAGGCCUGCCAAAGAACUCCCGCCCAACCAGACGGAACAUUACAAAUGGAAGAGGCAACGCUAGCAAAUCUAAGUCUUACCCAAGUAGAGCUGCCCCACCACCACCAGGAGGUCAUCAGAAUGGAAUAAUAAUGAACCCCCCAUUUGGGCAUCACCCACCCAAAGUAGCCAACUCUCGGAUGUCGCAUGCGGACCACCCAACUUUACCACGGCAAGUUACUGGAUCUUCAAGCAGAAAUCCACAGCAACCACAGAGCCUGGACUUCCUCAGAGUUCCUGACCAAGGGGUUGCUGGCGCCCGUAGGCAGUCAACAAACCGCCCCCCUCCGGGAGGUGGAAGGCCUAAACCUCAGCCAAAGCCCAAACCGUACGUACCCCAGUGCAAGGCUCUAUAUGCGUAUGAUGCCCAGGAUACUGAUGAGCUCAGCUUCAAUGCCAAUGACAUCAUUGAAAUCAUCAAAGAAGACAACUCCGGUUGGUGGACAGGAAAACUACGAGGCAAACAGGGACUUUUCCCUAACAAUUACGUUACAAAGAUAUAGGAUACGGAAGCAAGAAGAAUGCAGAGUGGGAUCUAUGACCCUCCCUACAGGAACAACUUAGUAGUAUUUAUACUUGAGAUGUGGAAUCCAAAUAAGUGUGGUGUGUACUCAUGGAGUCAACCUCAUAGCUAAAGGCAACAAUGGAUCAUCGAAGCACUGAACUACAAAAAGAUCUAUUUAUUGUAUUUUAUCCUAUAUAAAACGUUUUCUCCCAAAGUGGCCCAGAAUGCAUUGCUGAGCAAUGUGAUUCUGGCUUUUUGAAACCAAAAGGCAGUGAAAGUGCUUGGGUUUUGUGUAGUGUAAUGAAAUGUUUGGCUGUGGCAGGGUUGUGAUAAUAAGUGCCUUUAAAUUUUAAUAAUGUAACUUAUAUGAAGAUAUAUAUAUAUAUACACAAUUCUGUUUUCCAUUUGCAUAGGGAUGAAGGAAACUAUUGCAUAUGCUGCUAAAACAUUGCAAUAUAUAUAUAUUUUUACUGAUGGCAGGAACAAUAAGUACUGUGCAUAGCAAUAUUGGAUGUUCCUCAGUGGUGCAGUAGUAAUGUAAGUGCAGAGAACUCAAUGAGUUUGUCCUGCAUAAUCUUCUAUUGAAAUAUGGCUGGACCAUGUUAUUGUCUUGCAAUUGCCUGUUACAGGGCGCAUCUCUGAAAGCUGUACGUUUUUAAAGCAAAUUCUACAUACUGUAAAUUCUAUAUUCUGUACAUACAAAUAUAUAAAGUGAAACCAUGUAUGAAUGUAUCAUGUAGUUUUAAUAACUGUACCAGGUACUUAGGAAAAUAGGCACUUAGGUUUGUAAUGCUUUAAUCAUCAUAUACUGUUGCUUGUGAAGGAAAUACAAUUGAAGAGACAUUUCCUGAAAUCAAAUGAAUAGAAAGCUGCCCCUGAUUGGUGCAGGUUGGCUUUUUGCACCAGGCCGUGCCACGGCUUCUAGUCGGAGAGGAGUAGGGUUAAUUAGGAGGUGCUGUGUAUAUAAGUCCCAGUUUGCAGACUUGCAAGGCUUCAGCUCUUAGUAAGAUGAUGACAAAAUAGUGUGAAUGAAAGGAUUAAAGUGUAAAUAGGAGAGGUAAGUAAAGUGUAUGCAAGAACAAUGGAACAUAUUACCUGUACUUUCAUGCUGAUCCCAUACAGGAUAGGUUGGGAAAACCUGGAAGUCCUUAAUAAACAUUUUUGUCUCUA